CUCGAGUCUAGCUUCUCUCUUGCCCCGCGUUGCCAAAUCUUUUUUCUUUCCUUUUAAUUACGUUUGUUAGAAGACCAUCUCCUCUCACCCGUAUUUAUUUCCCGCGUCCCGCCCGAUUGCAAUCAGCCACACCGCGGAUCCGCGGGUCGUGCAGAGCAACCAAAGGCCCGCCUACCAGCGACUCGUCAUCGCUCUGGAUUUCUUUCGAUCUUCGAUUUCUUCUCCUUUUCAUCCAUUGUACCUCUUCCUUGCACGUCCUUGCAACGCUACAUAGCCCUUGUCAAGCAAGGAUCCUGCAAGAUCCGGCAAAUCUCUGACCAUGGCGAAGAACGCGUCCCCACAGCCGCAAUCCGUGUCGGAUAUUAAUGUCUGCGUUUCAACAUCGGACGGGCAUCGGAAGGAGGCAACCUUCCAGGAAUGGAUGGUUAGCAACCAAAUUGGCAUUUCACUGACGAUACUUGCGAUGCUGGUGGCGGUUCAUAACCUCUAUCCUUCUCUCUCGACGUACACAGCCCCCUUUUUCGAAUUGUCCUAUUACCAGCCGUCUCAGGGUCUCUACACUCAGGGCUGGAAUGAUAUCUACUUUGUUAUCAGCUCGAUUGUUACUUUUACCGCCGUGCGCGCCAUUGCGAUUGAGUGGGUUCUUCAACCGCUUGCUCGGAAGGCGGGCUUGAAAAAGAAGGCAGCCCUCCGUUUUGGGGAGCAAGGAUGGCUGAUCAUGUACGACGGGUUUUUCUGGUCAUUUGGAAUGUACCUCUGGUCUCAUUCCUCGUACUGGCUUAAUUUCGAGGCAAUCUGGGCCCAGUGGCCUGCCCGGGGUAUGUCUGGGACGAUGAAGUGGUAUCUCUUGGCACAGCUUUCUUUCUGGCUGCAGCAAAUCAUCGUGGUCAACAUUGAGGAGAAGAGGAAGGACCAUUACCAAAUGUUCACUCACCAUAUAAUAACUAGUACACUUCUUGGCUCCGCUUAUAUAUACGGAUUUUACAACGUCUCUAACGUGGUGCUCUGCCUGAUGGACGUUGCGGAUUUCUUGCUACCACUGGCCAAAAUCUUGAAAUACUUGAAGCACGAAGCACUUUGCACUGCCACCUUCGUUGUAAUGUUAGUUACCUGGCUGGCCUCCCGCCAUGUUCUCUAUUUAUCGUUAUGCUGGUCCAUCUACAAGAACGUCCCUGCCCAAAUGGCGUACGGAUGUUAUUCCGGGACCACGGCGGAGAUGCUCACCACUGACGGGUACCCGGACAAAUGGGCUCAUCUUAUCUACCCAUUUCUGAACAUUGAUGGUCCCAUAUGUAUGAAUCGCACUAUCAAGUGGAUCUUCCUUUCCUUCCUCCUGGCCAUUCACUCGCUGUCUCUUCUCUGGUUUGGAAUGAUUAUCCACGUGGCCAUCGGCGUCCUCCGAACUGGAAAUGCCGAAGAACCUCGCAGUGACGACGAGGAAGAAGAGUUGAGCGAUAUCAACAGCAAGAUCAACGGCAAGAACGGGUCCAAUGGAACUUCUGUCACGGCUGACAGCUCAAGCGCGGAGUGGAGGCGAUCCAGUGCAUCGCCGCGGACCCGAGGCCGUGGACGCGUCCGGUUGGGCGACCAGAACGAUAGAAAGGCAUUGUUAGGCCGAAUUGGCUGCGAGAAGCCGGUGUCUGGCUAAACUGCCGCGUCUGCUGUAUUUACUGUUCAUGAUAUCGCUGAUUCCACGAAUUUUGUCGAAAACGAAUACCCCGGUACGCUAUAUGAAGGAUUGAAGGAUUUUAUGUCUUUACGGGGGGAGCUUGCAAGAUUGGAAGCCUUCAAAGGUCAUCUUUUCACCAUCAUCAUCACCAUCAUCAUCUUUUUUUAAUGGUCGCAUAUUGUUUCACUUUACGACACGGUUAUCAUGGUUGAAAAUGUUUCCCUCGACAAACGGAAUUGCAAAUUUUCUUUCCCUUUUGAUUUAAUCAUGUCUCUCUAUUUCCAUGACAUCCAUGUUGGCGCUUCUCAAAGAGUUAUGUUCUCUAUUGAAAGAUGAUAUCAUGCUCUGGUCGAAUGUAUACAUUGAUGGUAUGCCCGCUACUCAUGUCUUUUCGUAUUUCGGUUGCUUCUGUAUGCUGCGGUCUAAAGGUGCAUGCAGAAUCCGCUGCUCCAAAUAGGGAGAUGGCAACUUGAUUAAUUAUUGUUCCUCUAUGGAACUUGGAC